AUGAGAGAUCUUUUAUUUCCGCCUUCAUUCUCAAACCCUAGUAGCUCUACCAACUCCAAUACUAUGUCUUCUUCAAAAUCCCCACAAACCCAACAACACAUUCCAGAAAAAGACACCACCAAUUUAGAGUCAAAAGUAGAAAAACAAGACGAAGAAAAGGAAGAAGAAGAAUGCGGGUUCUGUCUUUUCAUGAAAGAAGGUGGAUGUAGAGAUACAUUUACAGAGUGGGAAAAAUGCGUCGAACAAGGUGAAAAGAACAAAGAAGACAUUGUAGAAAAGUGUUUCCAAGUAACUUCUGCAUUGCAGAAAUGUAUGGAAGCACAUUCGGAGUAUUACGCACCAAUAUUACAGGUGGAAAAAGAUGUCGAGGCUAAGGUUUUCGCAGAAUUCGAGAAAAACAACGAAUCAGAAGGGGCAAAUAAGUAA